UCGGACGUAUUCGAGUUUUAUAAGGUCUUGAGUGGUUAGGCGAUUUAUCUUCGAGAGUUUAAAAGUAAAAUCAAUUAAUAAUGACUGGUCGUGGUAAGGGAGGAAAAGGAUUGGGAAAGGGAGGAGCUAAACGCCAUAGAAAGGUUCUACGUGAUAACAUCCAAGGUAUUACCAAACCAGCUAUUCGUCGAUUAGCUCGACGUGGUGGUGUCAAACGUAUUUCUGGUUUGAUAUACGAAGAAACACGCGGUGUACUUAAAGUUUUUCUUGAAAACGUUAUUCGAGAUGCUGUCACCUAUACCGAACACGCUAAGAGAAAAACUGUUACCGCCAUGGACGUUGUCUAUGCAUUGAAAAGACAAGGCAGAACCCUUUAUGGAUUUGGAGGUUAAAGGAGUAAAAAUGACAUUGGCUUAUUAAAUCGGCCCUUUUCAGGGCCACAAAUUGAUUUAUUUUACAAAGGAACGAAUAUAUCGCUUUCUAUAUGUAUCAUUAUGUAUGUGAAAUCAAUCAUUUGAAAAAAUA